AACUGCCAUUUUGUUUCACAGUUCAACACGGGCGUCCUAGAAUAGCAGGUCAAGUUGACAAGCUAAGACGAUAACAUUUUAAUCUAUCAUAGCAGGCUAGGUUAGUUUGUACAGUACAUGUUAAAUAUCGUAAGUAUACAACACAAAACCGAAGAUUGUUAGAAAUUGGUCUACAGAUUGAAGAGUUUUAAAUUUGACAGUGGAGUUGGUCUUGUUUACCUUCCAACUACUGUCGAUUAGCUGCACCGCAUUUUGCUGGCUAGCAGAAAGCUAGCUAGCUAGAUUUCUUAAAUGGCGGCGAAUAGUACCACAACCCAAUCUGCUCCGGCUGCGACUUGGUCAUAUGCAACAAGUUCAGAAGGUCAGAUCCACGAAAAUCCGGAGUGGGAGAAGGCAAGGCAGGCACUGGCCUCCAUUAGCAAAACCCAGAGCGCGACCAAGGCUGCCCAGGCCAGCAGGGCCACAGCACAGGCUGGCCAGUUCCAACCCGCAGUAGCAGAUUCUACCGCCCACCAGCAGCAACAACAGCAGCAGUACUACAAUCAGUGGUACCAACAAAACCAGCCACAGCAAUAUGCUGGAUACACUUACCCAUACAACUAUUACUACCCCAUGGCCCCGUAUGGUGGCGGCUAUCCUCAGGGACAGUAUGGGGGCCCCCCAGGAGCCUACUCAGGACCCACCAUACCAAAUGGACAGCCUCCAUCCAUGCCCUUGAUGGACGACCAGUCAUCAAACUACCCCCCCCAGCCCCAAGCCCCUCCUCCCACUGCCCCACAACCUCCCCCCCGGAGCCCAACCAGCUCUGAGCAGCCCCCUCCCCCUCCUCCCCCCUCCUUACCCCCGUCUCCAAACUCCCAGUACCCCACUCCCCCUUCACAGAACCCUUACAACGGCAACAGCCCCAUGCCCUACCCGCCAGGCGACCAGAUGCGCGGCUACAAGCCCAACCCUGGUCAAGGCAGGCCAGGCUACGGGCAGAAUUACCAGGCUCAGAGUUCCUACCAGGCCUCCCAGAGUAACGUGCAGCAGCAGGGCCAGUAUGGACCAGGCGUCGGGAGAGGAGAAGCCAAGAAUAAUAAUAAUCAGAACCAAAAACAAGGAGGACAGCAGCAGUGGCACCGCAUGAAGCAAUCACCUGGAGCAGGAACCAUGAAGUUCAACAUUCCAAAGAGGCCCUACGUCAUGACCAAUCCCAGCUUCCCUCCCGGGGAGCAGCCCACCGGAUUGGCUGCCACAUCUGCCUCACCUGGUGCUGCCGCCGCUGCACCCGGGGGGGCUCAGACACGGCCCCAGGACUGGCCCCAGGCCAUGAAGGAGUACGUUCAGCGCUGCUUCACUGCCUGUGAGACGGAGGACGACAAGGACCGCACAGAGAAGAUGCUGAAGGAGGUGCUGCAGGACCGUCUGCUGGACGGCUCGGCCUACACCAUCGACUGGACGCACGAGCCACUGCCCGAACUGAAGGCCAAACAGUCUCGGUGGGAGGCGGUGCCGGUCCAGAGGACCCUGGAGAGCGCCGUGAGCCGGGGGGGGGGUGCCCGGGGGGGCGCCGGGGCGGCCUCCCGAGGCCGUGGAGCAGGAACCAGGCUGGGCCACUACAGAAACGUCUUCUCUCAGAGGAGCCCCUCCUCGCGCUCGUCCUCCCGCUCCUCCUCGCGCUCGCCCUCCCCCUCCCACAGCCGACACCGCGACCGCAGCGGCCAGAGACACCGACGCAGUGACUCUGGCUCUCAGUCAGACAGCAGCAUGUCCUGUGACCUUCGACCCCAGCUGUCUCGUCGGCAGCAGAAAGCCGGGCGUGGCCGCGGUGGAGACCGAGACCGCGGCCGGGGUGGCGGAGAGAGGGGGCGAGGACGAGGAGGCCGAGGCAACAGGGGACGAAGGAACAUGGAGGAGUCCAACUCCGGCCCGGGAAAGAAGAGGAAGGGAGGUAACGCAGGCCUGGACUUCCACGACCCCAACCGAGAGGCUAAGAAGCAGAGCCGGGCGGCUCGCUUCCACAAGCAGCUGCGCUCCGAGCCCCUGGUCCUCUCCAUCAACUCCCUGGAGCUCCCCAACGGCACCCAGGAGGCCCUCAGCUGGGAGGACUGCCCCAUCGUGGGCACCUGCCAGGAGAUCACCAAGAACUACCUGAGGCUCACCUGCGCCCCGGACCCCUCCACAGUGCGCCCCGUGUCUGUUCUCAGGAAGUCCCUGCCGGUGGUGAAGGCCCACUGGAAGAACCACCAGGACUACCCCUACGCUUGUGAACAGAUGAAGUCCAUACGACAGGACCUGACGGUUCAAGGAGUUCGUACGGAGUUCACGGUGGAGGUGUACGAGUGUCACGCGCGCAUUGCCCUCGAGAAGGGUGACCAUGAGGAGUUCAACCAGUGCCAGACCCAGCUGAAGGCCUUGUAUAAGGAUAACCCGUCAGACAACAUCGGAGAGUUCACCGCUUACAGACUGCUCUACUACAUCUUCACCAAGAACUCCGGAGACCUGACCACUGAGCUGGUGUACCUGACCCCGGCGCUGCGGGAGGACAGCUGUGUCUCCCACGCCCUGGCCCUCCGCGCCGCCUGGGCGCUGGGCAACUACCACCGCUUCUUCCUGUUGUACCGGCGAGCGCCGCGCAUGGCCUCCUACCUCAUCGACAAGUUUGUCGAGAGGGAACGAAAGAUCGCGCUUAAGGCCAUGCUCAAAACAUUUAGACCCGACCUGCCGGUGGAGUAUGUGCAGUCUAGUCUGGGCUUCCUGUGUUUAGACUCGUGCUUGGCCUUUCUGACAGGGUUGGGAGUCAGCACCUUCCCCUCUGACCCCAGCAAGAUCGACUGCAAAGCCAGUUCCGCCUGCCUGGCUGCCUCCUGAGGGGGGAGGGAUGGGCUGGGUGGGGAGGGAGGGAGGGAACCCGGGAGGGGGGGGUGGGGGGAUGAGCACAGUAAAGGGAAACCCUUAGUACUCACGUCACCUCUGACCUCCCAGGCAGUUUAGACAGAGACCAGCGGUUAGGUUAAGUCGUACCCUCGAGAGCAACAGGCAAACUGCAGCCACAAGCGCAUCACACUGACAGAUCUGGACUGUAUUAGAGGCGUGAGGGAGAUCAGCACUGACGAGUAGCUUAGCCACGCACACACAGCUCAAGAUAUUGAAUCAAGCCGCUAAGACUCACUUUCAUGAAUGAACAGGAUAGAUUGACAUGGUUAGCGACUCCCUUCUGUAGUGAAAGCAGAUCAGGAAAGACAGCCCUCGCUCUCCCAGCUGUACCCAGCUGCCCUCGCUCCUUUGAAGCUAACAGUGUUCUGUUAUGUUUUUUCCUUCCCACAAGUCAACAGCUCCACAGUCUGAAGACAAGUCUUGCCAGUCAAGAGAGAAACGAGAAGACCGAGAGCUGAAACUGCUGUGGCGUCGUCACUGAAGCCAUGCCAAGCCAGAGGGGCUACUGGCCAAGCCAGAGGGGCUACUGGCCGGCCAAGCCAGAGGGGCUACUGGCCGGCCAAGCCAGAGGGGCUACUGGCCGGCCAAGCCAGAGGGGCUACUGGCCGGCCAAGCCAGAGGGGCUACUGGCCGGCCAAGCCAGAGGGGCUACUGGCCAAUUCCUUCAGAGACUUUGCUUUGCCUUCUGCUCAGAGGAAAAACCCCAGUGAUCCGGUGUCAGAUCCUAGAGAAGACGAGAUGGUGGUUUGUAUGUCCAGUCCAGUCCUGCUCCCCCACCCCCCCCGCUCCCCCCUUUCCUAAAUUGUCUCUGAUUGGCUGUCAGGUGUGGUUCCCCUGCCUCUACUUCUCCGGCCUCCCAGCCUCCACCUGGAGAGUUACUGACUGAGAAAUCUGGAGGUUCUGGUUUUGGCUCCUUUACCGGUUAGCCCAGUUGCCAUGACAGCCACAGUCUUGCAUUCCGACCCUCUAAAAUUAUCUUCCAUCGUCUGGUGCAGCCCGGCUUGCCACCGCCCGUUACUCCACCGCUGAUCCACAGUAGAUCCCCCAAGAUUGGCAUCUCACCCGCCGCUAGGCAUUGACUUUGUAAGUUUGAUGGCGCGUGGAGCUUUAGUCUUUACUGAGACGCCACCCCCACACACAACCCCCCCCCCCUACAUUCUUCUAGUCUGGGGCCCCCUGGGGCCCCCUCUCUAAGCCGUGGCUGCAGUACGGUCUGCCUCCAUCAUCCCUGCAUCUCCGCUCCGACGCAGCGCUCCGUAUCCAGAAGCCCCCCCCCAAGCGUCCUUCCCAAGGAAGAGGCUCCUGGGGGCCCUCAGGCCCUGCUCACUGGGAGGAUGGUCCCACUCUGCAGGACGAAGGCCUCCAGAGAUGUGAAAUGGCAGACCCUCCACCUCCUCAACAGCAGGGUCACCGGAUCCGAAAGAUGUGGGCGUUGUGACCGCCGCUGGAACCCGCUGUCCCUCCAGCGGUCAGGCUGGAGCGAAGGGUUUGUAUGCUGUGCCACGCGCACUCUGGUCACCCAGGCUGAGUAUGUAUGGCUGGUAAGAGAAAGGGACUGGAAGGUGGACGACAAGACCAGCAGCAGAUAUCAGGCUCAAGUCUCCCUGGCAUCAUCACUUUGGUUUAAAGUAUGACGUAAAAAGUUAUGUAGGGUAAUAGGUGGGUUCAGUCCAGAAAGAGAUCAAUCUAACCUGUAGAAUUUGAGCUUUAGUAUUUCAACCCUACGUACAGUAAUUGGAACACAUUUCCUGGCUCCAUAUUUGAUCAGUCAUUCUGAUAGUCUUCGAUUUUAAUAUGUACCUGUGUAUAGGUUUGUAACAAAUAUUGAAAUGAAGCUAGAAUGAUGUCAUGCCAGCAAUUUUAACAUCCAUUGUGCGCCAUAGAAUAAUUUUCAAAGGCAUUUUAAGUAAACUACUAAAUUCUUCAUUCAUGACCAUUUUGCAGAAAUUGAUUUUCAAUAAAAGGAAGAGACGUAGAGUAGUGUUAUUUGGCGUGUUCUAAAUGUUCUAAAUGUCUACCUUGAUUUUUGAGAGGGUCAGGUUGAUGAAUUGUAAUUUGAUGUACCUAUCAAGAGCUUUUGGGUUGUGGAGUAGCUGUUCUGUACUACAUAAACCAGUGGAGCAUGAGCCUUGAUCCUCAGAUGGCAGCAGCUGUACGUCGUCUUAGCUUCUCAGUUUCAGGCGUACUCUACUCCUCUGGCAGUAUUACCCCCAGAGCGGCUUUUAAAAAGGGUGUAUGGCAAGUUGAACGGAAUAGAAUGUUCUGUAUAAAAAAAGUGAUCCCAGUCUUUAGAAUGUGUAUAUAAUGUACAUAUUGGUGUGCUUUCAGUUGGUAAUGUUGUUUUGUUGGCAGUUCAGAUUUCUUUUUUUCAUUUUCUGUUCACAUCAGGGUAAGUGAUUUUCAUAGAUGCAGAGAGUGUAGGACCAGGUCUUUUCUUACAUAUGGGUAAUAUGCAAUUAAUUAAAACAUUUGAUGUGAUUGUAAAUGAAUACUUAUAGUAAGUAUACCUUAUUGGCAAAAUUUCUACCUACCCCCUCAAACGUUUUAUUAUAAAAUGGAGAGAAUUGAUAAUUGUGCUUUCUAGUGUAAACCAAAACGUGUUUUUGUUCAUGUGGAAAUGCAUGCAAUUACUGUGGGCAUUGAGGUCUUUACAGUAAAUCAAUAUAUUUUUCCUUUUUGCAGGAUUGAAACAUUUACAGUUUCCAAAUCUUUUUCUUGACAAAUAUUACCUAAACAAUCAGUUGUUUCUGUCCAUAUGUUUUUUUUAAUAUAUUUACAACUUGAGUGUUGAAUUACGGUUUGGGUUGUCUUUUAUGCAUGAUUCUUGUCUUCAUUAAGCUAAAUCGUUAACAUUAAAAACGCACAGACCUACUGGCAAGCAAAAGAUUUGGUUUAACGCCGCAUUCACACCAGCCAAGAACUGCCAGUGUAGAGUUGAAUAUUUGCCAUAUUCUACUGUGUAUCAUCCUGAGCUUAUGUGCCUCUUGCUCUACUAGCUUAACUAAAAAGUUGUACAUUUAACUAGUUGACAAGCUUUUCAAAAUUAUUUUCCAAACAGUGGUGUUUUUUGGCUGGGGAGGGCCUGUGUUUUCAUGUGUUAAUCGAAGCAUUACCGCCAGUUUCAGCACCACCAGGAUUGUUUUAAGUCAAUCACAUGUAAACUGAAGAAUUUCAUCCAUCCUUCAUGACUUGCAGCUGUUUGUCAAAAAACUUGCUUGAUGCCGGUUGCUUAUUCAACAUUCAGUUGAUUUCAGAAGUUCAACUUUCGAUGUCUCAACAUG